GACACUUCCAAGUAAAGUGAUUUUCCUAUCCUUAUUUCGUCCCUUUCUUUCCCCUCCAUCUUCGGACCCCACCCUACCCCGUUUUGAGCUACCCCAACACGACCAAAGCUGUGUCGGAAAAAAAGAAAAAAAAAAUCAUCAUGGGCGCGACGACUUUUGAUAUCUCGCCCGAGAAAAGGGCAACCCAACUCCAAUUCUUUUAUCGCCAGAUCUUUGUCACACCCCCGCCAGUAACAAAGCGCGACGUGAACCUGAGCGGAAAGACAGCAAUCGUCACGGGGUCCAAUGUUGGGCUAGGACUGGAAGCGGCACGUCAGCUCCUUGACCUAGGAUGCAAGGUUAUUCUGGCCGUCCGUGACGAAGGCAAAGGCGAAAAAGCCCGCCAAACCCUCGCCCUUGGUCGAAAUCUUCCAUCCGGCUCGAUUGAGGUGUGGAAGUUGGAUCUCGGGUCUUACGACUCCAUCAUGUCCUUCACGGAACGCACCAAGAGCUUGAAGAAUCUCGACAUUGCCCUUCUCAACGCCGGUCUGUUCAAGGUCCACGAGUCGUUCGCUUCAACCGGCUACGAGGAGGAUUUUCAGGUCAACUACCUGUCCAACAUCCUCCUCGCCGUGUCCUUGCUACCGAUCAUCAAAGAGAAGAGGGUCGGAAGCGACCCCGGCCGCGUCUGCCUGGUGUCCUCCGACAUGGCCGCCUGGGCCAAGUUCGAGGAACGAACGGCGACACCGCUUCUGCCGGCCUACAAACAGAAAGCGAAGAACUGGGACAUGGGAGACCGCUACGCGACGACAAAGCUUCUCGGCCAACUGUUCGUGACCGAGCUGUCGAAGCAUGUGCCUCCAUCCGCCGUCACCGUGACUCUCGCCAACCCGGGAUUCUGUGCCUCUGAUCUUGGCCGAGACACCCACGGUCUCUUUCGCUGCGUCCACAAGCUCCAGUCCGCCUUGAUCGGCCGGAAAUGCGCUACCGGUGCUCGCACACUAGUCCACGCGGUUACUACUGUGGGCGAACCGGGACAUGGACAGUACAUCGAGGAUGCGAAGAUCCAGCCCAUGCCGCCUAUUGUCUACGAGCCUGAAGGCCAGCGUCUCUCGAAGCAGAUUUACGAGGAAACCCUGGAUGAACUUUCGUUUGCUGGCAUCAGGGAUAUUAUCAAUGGAAUGUCAAAGCCAGAGUAACUAGCUUGGUUUCUGCGUCCCUUUCAGUACGUAAUAGCGAACAAUCAAUUUAUCCAGUCUCACACAUUUCUUUACGAUGGAUGGCCGGUUUCGGAAAUGCAUUGAUUUCACGUGUCAAGGCGAGGGGGGGCAUUUCCGUGUCUGAAUUGAGGUUGUCACUGCUGCAGCUACCAUGUGUUCGAUACACAGGCUCUCGCAUAUCGUAAAUACUACCUUGGGUAUUUUUGACCUGAC